UGUAUAGUCGUAUACGUGGGGGGUUUUUCACUGAAAAAUAAAUUCUCCUAUACCGCGCUGUUUCUUCUCUUCUCGCCCCGUAUCCCCGGCGGCAAGGCAAGCUGCCAAGAAUGGCGACGAGCUAGCAUGAGCGAGGCGACGACAAGGGGACAGCAGUAACAGCACCAGCACCAGCAAAUUCCUUUCUCUCUCCUCACGCGCCGCCGGGCCGGUGCCGUUGCGUCGCUUUGCUGGUCGCCUUUGUCUCGCUCUCUAGCUGGCAUUCUCGUUCUGGCACGCUCGUCCCUCACGCACAGCUUUGUCUCCACCCUCCACUGCCACUGCCAUUGCAACCGCCCCGCCGCUGGCCGUCCUCCAUCUCCCCUGACGAUCUGUGCGCGCGCCAGCGUCGCCCGACGAAGAAAGGAUCCCUGACUGACGGGAGCGACGCCAGGCCAAUCAUCAACGCGCCCCCAUUCUGCUGCGUUGCGCAUUGCGCGCGACGUGUUCGUGGAAAGGCCCGGGAGGGACGAUGAUGCGGGACCUCACCUGCUUCGGGGACGCCAGCGUCCAGAUCGCCGACGCGGCGUCCUCGUCCUCGUCCUCGGGCACCGGCGGCGGCGGCGCGCGCGGACGCGGCAAGGCCCCCGCGGCGGCGCGGAGCCGGGUCACGUGCCUCUACCACGCGCGGCUCGCCGGCCGGCCCUGCGCGCUCUCGGUCACGUGGACCAGGGGCGGCGGGCUCGCGGGGCAGGCGGCGGCGGUCAGCGUCGUCGCCGUCGACGCCGCGUCCGGGGACCGCCUGUGCCGGGCCGACGUCAAGCCGUGGCUCUUCGCCAAACGCAAGGGUUCCAAGAGCCUCGACGUCGCCGCGUCCAGCGGCGCCGCCGGCAGCACCAAAGUCGACGUGUUCUGGGACUUGUCCGGCGCCAGGUUCGGCCCCGCGCCCGAGCCGCUGGAAGGCUUCUACGUCGCGGUGGUGUGCGACCGCGAGAUGGUGCUCCUGCUCGGCGACAUGAGGAAGGAGGCGUACCGCAAGACGGGCUCUGGCCGGCCUGCCGUCGACGCGCUGCUCGUGGCCAGGAGGGAGCACGUUGUCGGCAAGAAGGUUUUCUCCGCAAUGGCUCAGUUCUGCCACCAUGGCCGGUGCCAUGACAUUGUGAUAGAGUGUGACACUGCCAGCGCGAAGGAUCCCUCUCUUGUGAUCCACAUCGACAGGCGGCCGGUCAUGCGGGUGAGGCGGCUGGCGUGGAAGUUCAGAGGGAACCAGACGAUUCUGGUGGACGGGUUGCCUGUGGAGGUGUUCUGGGAUGUCCAUGGCUGGCUCUUUGGCUCGGCAACAAGCAGCGCAGUGUUCAUGUUCCAGACAUGCCAAGCGCCUGAGAAGUCCAUGUCGUGGGCGUAUUUGCAGAUUUUUAAGGAGCAUCAGUUGCAAGGGCAUGGUUUCUCUUUGAUAAUACAUGCAUGGAAGGUUGAGUAGGAGUGUGCAGGAGAAAGUCCAAAUCAGGG